AUGAGCAAGGAGAAGCCUGAAAAUUCGAAGCGAUUACUGAGAACUGGCUUGAAGCCGUCAUCUGUCUUAGACGUGAUUCGAAGUGACCUUGCAGAUGAGAUCUGUCUAGUGGCUGAGAGGGAUAUAGUAAACAUUCAACAGUCUGAGUGCGUACAAGAAUUAGAUGGACUGACGGAAUUGGAAGCUCUUAAGAGAAAUUUGAAUGCGUACGACGCAAAGGUUCAGACUCGAGUAGACGGCGACGGGCAUUUAACCCACCUGCGGAUCAUCCCUCACACGAUUCUCGAGCUACUUAAAAUGAAAUGGCGAACGACUGUGGUGAAGUCAGAAGAAAACUACCGCACAAAUGUCCAUUGCGAUGGAAUGCUGCAUAUCAUCAGUUCCUACAAAUACCAAUCGAGCGUCACCUUAGCCUACUUCUAUGUGCGCAUUACCACAGAGAAGAAUUUAACCUGA